GACAUUGGCGCUUUUAUUGUUAUGACAGCACUGGGAAAAGUGCUUAAAAUAAAAGUUUCAAAAUCAGUGAUGUACAAUAUCUGUAAAUUGUAUUCCAGUAUUAGUUUUUAAAUGUUUAAGUUUUGUAUAAGCAGCAGAGUAAUAAUAAGAUCGACGAGUGAAUAAACUUGAAACGACUUCAUGAUUAGAUAGAAAAUUUCAAUAAACCAUGGCUAGAUUAAGCAACGUACGGGUGAAGCUGUGCGACCAAAUUCUACUUCACAAGUUGAAUCUAUUGAACAACGCAGUCGCCCGAGCCGGACUGUCGGAACGAGAAAUGGAGGAAGCAUUUAAGCAGUCCAUCGGUUACCGACCCAGCCGUCUAUCGUGGACCCAGUGGAACGAUGGGACACUUUCCAUUUUGUACAGUGUAAUUUUUCUGAUAGCACUCUUCAUUCUGACUCCGUUUCUGGCCUCGUUGAUCGAAGUCAUCCUGGGAACCCGUUGUAUAGUGCCAAAUAAUUAUCUGGUUUGGGAAGCUACCCGUCCGUUGUCCGAUUGUGACUUUUGCCGAGGAGUUCAGGGACCAAUUAUUCUGGCUAAUUUGUCCCGGGAGGAUUUCAAACCCUACGCGUAUUCCUCGAGACCGAUUAUCAUUAAAAACGCUAUAUCCCAUUGGCCAGCUGCGAAACUGCUCAACUUCACCUUUCUAAAGGAUCUGUACUAUAGGCAUCAAGCUGCUUUGGAUAGUUUUCAUGAGGACUGUCAGUAUUUGCACUUCAAAUCCAGCUUUCAAACGCUAAAGGACGUUUUUCACAUGUCGGAGGAUUUUCGAAAGGGCAGCAAGCCCUGGUACGUAGGUUGGAGCAACUGUAACCCGGUUAUUCUGGCAGAGUUGCGUAAGCUGUAUCCGAAGCCGCACUUUCUACCUGAGGAUGCUGAGAUGCCUAACACGGAUUUUGUUUUCCUUGGCUACGAGCAGGGCGCUGUAAUGCACAUUGAUUACAUCCCACGGUUGAUGUGGCAAGCCCAGUUGCGGGGCAAUAAAAGCUGGAUUUUGGCCCCCACGCCUGAAUGCGACAACGAAUGUCGCAGCUUCAGUUUUUAUGUUGAACCGGGAGAUGCUCUUCUAGUGGACACUCGGCUCUGGUAUCACGGUACAUUUAUUUACAAGGGCGAAUUUUCGCUCACCAUUCAAUCGGAAUAUGGGUGAAAACAUUUGAUUUAAAUAUUGUUGAACGAUAUUAGUUUGUAAUGGUAAGUUAAGUAGGUGUUUACGAUAUUGUGUUUGUUAGUGGUGUAAAUAUGUCGUGUGCCAUGAUUUCAUUGUGAAAAAUUUAUGUAUGCUUUUAGUCAAAUAUAUAUUCUUAUAA